CGCUGCUGCGGUCAAUAACUCACCAGGAGGCUGCAAUUCUCCCUCCGCUUCCCACCCUCCCACUCCUCCCGGGAGCUCCGCAUUCAUGCCUUUUUGGCCCUCCCUCGGCAGCCAGCGAGGAAUAAAGCGGCGCUGGCUGAGCACGACGCGGGCUGCGCUGGGAUGCUGGGAGCCAGCGAGGGAAGCCUGAAUCACCGGCACCUCAAGGAUUUUUAGAUGUGCCCUGAUGCCGCAGGGUCUCCUGGCUCCUGGAAAUGCAGCUCUCUUCCAGUGUGGCUGAACUCAGCUGUGACGAGACGAUGGACCCACCCGCUGAGGACUUCCAGCAGGUCCUGUCCAUUGACCAAAUCCGCUCCAUCCGUGCCAGCAACAACUACGUGGAGAGACCGGCGGCCUGCUUCCAGCAAGCCCGCUCCAACCCCUCCCUGGCCCAGCCACCGCACAAGCAGGAGUGGUCCCAGGACCGCCUGGCGUCUUCCACCUUCCAGGACCUGCACCGCAGCCACAGCCAACAGCACCAGAUGCCGCCUUUGCAGCCACACCUGAGCCAUUCCAGCACGGCCAGCUCGGUCUCCCAAAGCACCACCGCCUCCGACCAGCGCCUCCUGAGCAGCCUGACGCCCUCCCACUCCGGGCACUCCCUCAUCCGGACGCAGCCCCGCGCCGGCGAGCUGAAGGCGGAGGAGUCGCCGCUGAAGGGGGGCUCGGAGAAGCCCACCCUGCACAGCGGCCACCUCUUCAUCUGCGAGGAGUGCGGGCGCUGCAAGUGCGCGCGGUGCACGGCCGCCCGCAGCCUGCCCUCCUGCUGGCUCUGCAACCAGCGCUGCCUCUGCUCCCCCGAGAGCCUCCUCGACUACGGGACCUGCCUCUGCUGCGUCAAGGGGCUCUUCUACCACUGCUCCACCGACGACGAGGACACCUGCGCCGACGACCCCUGCUCCUGCGGGCCGGGGUCCUGCUGCGCCCGCUGGGCCGCCAUGAGCUUCCUCUCCCUCCUCAUGCCCUGCCUCUGCUGCUACUUUCCCACCCUGGGGUGCCUCAAACUUUGCCAGCGGGGUUAUGACGGCCUCAAACGACCCGGCUGCCGCUGCCAGAGCCACACCAACACGGUCUGCAGGAAGAUCUCCUCGUCCAGCGGCACGCCCUUCCCCAAAACGCUGGACAAGCCGGUAUGACCCUCCCGGCGAGGAGAAGCAGGCUUUGUUCCUCUUCCUCCCACUCCUCCUCCUCCUCCUCCUUCUCCUCCUCCUCUCUCCUCCAUCCCCUUCCUCCCUCGGCUCCCUCCACACUGCAGUGCUCCCCCUUACCCACCAUCACCUUCUGGGAAUGAGACGGGUGAGCUGAGGGUCUCCCAGGCUUCGUGACACCCUGGCUGGGUGGCCGGGGGAACUGGCACCGAGCUGGGGGUAGCAGUGGUUUUGCACAUGUGGGAGAGGGACAGGAGAGGCAGAGCGAGCUGUGGGUGCCCUCCCUGGCUGUAUCCCACAGGGAAAGGCGACCCAGAGGGUCUUUGGGACUCUGCCCUCAUGGGAAGGGCAACCAGGGGGCCCUCAGGAUUCUGGUCUCAGCAGGUUUAGGAGCUGCCCCACAGUGUGGUCUUUCUCCAUGGGGGAAAGAGGCAGCCAAUGUAUCCCCUGUGCAAGAGCCACCCGGGAGCCAGACCACCUCCUCUCACUCUUUCUCCCUCUCCAGCACUUUCCAUGGGUGGCCUUUCUCCUCUCAGGUGGCUGUAGGUCCCCUUUCCCAAGGGGCUGGCAUGCUGUGGGGUUUCACUGGUGGCAGCGCCUUCCCUCCCAGCUUGGGAGCUGCUGGGAGAAGUGAGCGAGCUCCAAAAUGAGGUGGCACCGUGUUUUUCUGUCUCAAAGAGGAAGGGAAGGUGUGGGAAGCUUUAGAAACCUUCUGGCAGGGGAAGGAGCUAUCGGAGGCAGCCCAGCCCACUCGCUCCUGCCCGACUGCAGCGAGGGAAAGGUCCCCUCUGGGAUUUGGCUGAGAACAAGGAGCUGGUUGGAAAUUGCCAUUCAUUUCUCCAGGCCUUGGAGGGCUGCCUGGGGUGGGAGCUGCCGCCUGGCUCCAUCCCACCACCGAGCAGAUGCCGCAGGCACCGGCUCCGUGCUUGAAUCCCGAUCUGGUACCUUCCACCAGCACUGAAUUCACUUUAAAAAAGCGCGUGGCAAAGUCAACUGUCAGCAGCCACUGCUCCGGGGACUCCCAAACAGGGGCUUCUGUCACCCUGCUUCGGGCUGGAGGACAUGGAGAGCACGAGGGGGUGUCAAAACUGGGGACUCCGAUCUUCCCUCCCUGCAGAUGUUCUAUUUAAGUCCUCACCCUGCUGAGGGUUCUGCGUGGACAACCGGGAGCGGGUCUGGACCAAGCCCUGGGGCUGGGCCAUCUGCAGAGCAGACGGACACCCGAAUCCGGGUCAGGGCUUUGUGUUCCCUUGCUGGGAUGAUAAUAAGCCCGACUGGUUGCUGUGGUUGGAGGGCUCCUCCUGGUCCUGAGCUCAGCCCCAUCUCCACACGGCGCCAGCUCCCCGUUGUGACCCCACUGGCACCGUGCAGGGAAGUUUGGAGCUGGGAUGGUGGCCUGGAGCUCAGCUCUGCCUGCCUGCCUCUCCCCUGAGGUGUGUGAGCACAGAGAGAAGCGAAUGGUUCCCCUGGAGAAAUACAUGCAACACAUCCCCUGGCUUCCCCAAGACCCUGCACCCUGGGCUCGCCCGUCACCUCCUCCCAGCCACCUCUUUCCGUAGAGUUCUGUGGAUCUAUUUUUGUACAUAUAGAUAUAACGUUAGGAUGGGUAGGUCUCUUGCUAAUAAUAUUCAUGAUACUGCUGUGAAUGGUGCCAGGUGCAAGGUUUGGCUUCCUGGUACACUUGCACAUGGUGGCAAAGAUGAUUUCCCGGUCUGUUUAUUGCUAAUCCUAGACCCUUAGUUCCUAGGUCGUCGGGAGAGGGGGAAAGGCAGGUGUAUGGAUUGUCCAGGAGGGUCUGCUCUGCAGUGAGGGGGUGGGAUUCAGUGCUGGCUGUGGGGGGAGGCAGAGGUGGACUCUUCACGGUGGGAUUCCUCUUUCCAUCCAUUUGCUGUCUGAAAACCAUGGAGGAUCGAAGCUCCCUCUGUUGCAGGGAAAAGCGGAUCCAGGGAGUGAUUCAUCCCGUUUGGAAGCAUUAUUCAUGAAAUUCUGCGCUGGCAGUGCCUCACUCCCUUGACUCAAAUGGCACCCAAACAUUGAACUUGAGGUUCCCCGUGGAAGGGGGGAUGAGUCCCAUUCCUGGUGGGAAGUUUGCACCUGGAGAAUGUUAUGGACAUGAGCGAAAUCCUCGUCCUGAUUUCACCCAGCCCCUGAGGGGUGAUGUGGAAAGAUCUGGCCAAAGAUGGACAGCCUGCUUCCCUAAGCUGGGGAGAUCUCAGGACGAUGCUCUGGGACACAGAAGGAUCUCCUGGCAUUAGGAAGGAAGAGGGCCCCACAUCCCCUGAGGCCACCCCUGAAAUCUGGGAUUAUUUGGAUUUUAAAGCCAUGACCUUCUCAGAGGAUGCCCUGUAGGAGUGUGAACCCCCCUCAGAUCAGGCCGUGUGGCAGCAGAUAUUAAACAUGUUGCCAAUGUAUUUAUCCAUAUGCCAGUAAUUGCUUGGCUCCCCGCUUCCAAGCCAUGUUGGGGAGAGGGCCUUCCACCAAGAGGCACCUUCCUUUGGAAGGCUUGAUUCGCUCUUCUAUUGGUGCUGAUUAAACUCCUUCUUCCUAAAAAACAGAAAAUAUUUUUAGGGAAGAAAGGUCCCCUUUUCACUGUGGAUUGGAGGAACUGUCUCCCUUGAAUGAGAAUGUGAAACAGUUCAUUGAAACUUUUUAAAGAGAACUAAUGAACAGAAUUUUCCAACUUGCUCUACUUUGAUUUUUUUUUUUCCUCCUCCUUUUUAAACGGAUCCCACUCGUAAAUUUAGUUACCACCUCUGUAUCUUUGCAAUUCAUUGCUUCCUCUCCUGAUGGUGGAAUGACUCAACAUGUGAAGCUUCAUCAUUUUCACGGCCUCCCAAGUCAUGCGAGUGCGGGGUGACCUCCCCCAGGUGCUGGAGCUGGGGGAUGAGGAGAUGGCUGUCCAUGGAUCAGCUCCCCGGAGCCAGCUUUGCUUGGCGCGGCUCUUGCAGCACAUUUACCUUCAGGAAUUGGUGGGAGGCCAGGACGCCUGCCAGAAGCCUUCCACCUAAUGGGCUUUUUCUGGGUCAGUGCAGAAGCCCCAUUUCUACCAGGGAACGGUGCCACGGCCUGGGUGAGGAUGAGGAGCACGGCCAGGGCUCUGGAAUGUCUCAUCUCCAAGAAAUGACAAACCUGUGAGAUAUAUUUUAUGAAAUAUUGGACAUGUAGGAAGGGAGGAAUUUAAAAGCCAUGUAGAUGUGGCACUUGGGGACAUGGUUUAGUGGUGGGCUUGGCAGUGCU